AUGGCACCAUCUACGACGACCUCUUACCCCUCGAACUGGUCUCGCUCUAUUUGUUCGAGCUCAGAUCAAUCACCUGAAGUAGCUUUGGGCCCGGAGCAAUUGUCGCUCUAUUUUCUCGCCGUCGUCCAGGGCUUGCAAAUCGAUCUUCUGCCUCUCGUUUCUCAAAGAGCCCUAGACCUUGUGGGAGUUGGGGCAACUGCGAGCAUACGUCAACUUCUCGUCAACAUCGACGCCAGCGUGGCGUUCAAAACGAUGACGUGGAACCUUGAAAAUGAGGUCGAGAAUUUUCAUCGUCUAAUUUCCGAGGUCUUGGUCCUAGGCCAUCGUUCCUUUCACAGCCAUCCAAACAUUAUACAUCUAGAAGGCAUAUGUUGGGAGCCAGGACAAGAUGGGGAUGUGUACCCUGCGUUGGUAUUUGAGAAGACUCGCUACGGAGAUCUCUGGGACUUCAUGUUUAUUGGUCAGACUCUUCAGGAACUACACGAUGGACGGGUCAUUCAUGGUGAUCUAAAACCGCAGAACGUGUUGAUUUUUCAGACUGAAAGUGGCGACUUUGUGCCAAAGAUUACCGACUUUGGCUUUGCAAAACCGUGUACAACUGAAUCGGAUCUCUUCUUCCAGUUGCCCCACUCAGGGCCGUGGACGGCUCCUGAGCAUCAUCGCCGCCGAUUCAGCUCCUCGCAAGCGCUUAGUAUGGAAGUAUACUCGUUUGGAGUGCUCUGUCUCUGGAUGCUACUGUAUAAUACAAAGUGCAACAAGGACGUAAAGUUCUAUAAUGAUAUGGAAAGUCUCGAGGACCGGUCUGUGAAUGAACACGCUUAUCAUCUCCUCAAUUCAUCACCUGAAAUUGACCAAGAGUCUCUGCAUCUGCUGCAAAUAAUCUUCGAUUCCUGUCUCCCAAAAGAUCCAAGCAACAGGGCAAAGAGCUUGGCACCCGCUGUCACCUCAUUAAGCCCCGAACGCGUCUCGAGGACAGAUCGUGUUGAAUUGGAAGCUGCAAAACCCCCUUUUUCCAGACUCUCCUUAAGUCAGCUGACACAGCUUGAUUAUCGGGUUCGAGUCCGCAUUUUCCAACUCCUUGGGGCGCAAGUGAGUUCUGUUGUCGAAGAAGAUUACUCUGCUGUCGAACUAGAGGCUUGCUACCAGCUUGCCUGGUGCUAUAAACUAGGCUUUGGAACAGAGAGAAAUGACAAUGCCUUCGGGUCUUGGCUCCGAAAAAGUAGGAGAAGUGAGGAAUCGUUCGACCAAGAGCUCAAAGAUUUGAAAGAAAUUGGUGCAACGCCGCUCGCGAAUGUGUCAAUAUACAGCUCGCAUACCAAAUUCUCCACCUGGCUAGAAGAGGGGUGUGCCUUGGCUAUCAAUAGCGCGCAAUACUAUCGCGAAGUAGGCCGCAUCGAAGAAGCUGAAACUAUACUGACUAGAGAACAUACUGACUGGCAAGAGACACUUGGUCUACAUCAUCCAAUGGUUUUCGAUCGUGCCAGUAUGUUAGCCACGCUCAUGAUGGAGCUUGGUCGAGACAAAGAGAGUGUCACUUUGGCGGAGCAGACAUUUGAUGAGGCUUCUGAAAAUACUCACGCGGAGUUCACGCGUCCAACCUUGGCUCUGAUUACUCUUGCUCGAGCAUACGUUCGCUAUGGACAGCUUGAACAAGCUAAGCCCCUUCAAAAACGUAUCGUCCAGGCAAAUGAGAUUUUCUACGGAGAGACGCACCUUAACACCUUACAAAGCAAGCAGAUUCUAGCUGUCAUUCAUUUGAUGCAAAACAAAUUGAGUAAGUCAGCAGCUAUGAAUGAGAGUCUCUUGCCACACUACUCGCACACUCUUGGUGAAGACCACGGUGUCACGAUCAACACAUUGUUGUACUUAUCACGGACAUAUGUCUUCCAGAACCGAUUUUUAAAGGCUGAAGAGAUCACCAAGCUCUUGAUAGAGCGAGCCAAGAGGGCUUUGGGUGAUAGGCAUGAGAUAACACUUAUGGCUCGUAUUCAGCUCUCUCUCAUCCUUUGGUCAAAGCGAGAAUGGUUCAAAUUACUUGGCCCGCGCGCGGAUGGUACACUCCAGUAUGACAUCAUUGACAUGGCCCAGGAGCUCUUGGGUGAGAAUCACCCCUUCACGCUGGAGGUCAUGUGGAACACAGCCCGAAAUCUCUUCUUCAAGAGACAAGUGGAGGAUGCAAUAGUCAUGACAUCGACUAUUGUCAAGCGCGCGAAGGAAAGGACUGGUAGCGACGCUUGGGAGACCAAGUUCUAUCAAAGCAAGAUGGAUUACAUACUUUAUUGGCAUAAAUGGGAGUCGAUUGGAGUCCGACUGAUGACUUUCAAUUUUGGUCGUUUCGUCAUCACCAGCCAACAUCGCCCUCCUCCUGAGUUGCGACGACUCUUUGGCAUCCUCUAUACACGAGUGCCACUACCUGAAUCAGAACAAGCUGGCAUGAUGUAUGAUCGCGAGCGCAAUAUCGAUAAAUCGCAGCAAUCAGUACCGUCAGGUAGCAAAGGUUGGAGAUACUGGCUACCAGUAACGAGACUGCCCUGA